AUGUGUGUGUCAUUUGCUGGCGAUCUGAACAACUUGAUCUCAUACGUGGCCUUCGCACAGUGGUCACAAAGAGCUUGUACUAUGGUAGCUUUGAUAUGGAUUCGGUUUAGGCGUUGGCCCGUUCAUCCCGAGAAGAUUCGCAUGCCCAUCGUCAUGCCGAUCUUCUUCUGCCUCGUCUGCACGACUCUGGUGGUGGUGACGAUUGUUGACAAUUUCUCGUCGGCCGCUGUUGGUCUAGGAAUUUGGUCGGUGGUUUUUGCUUUUUACUGGGUAUUCUUGUUUGGUCGAGCUCUUCCAUCCAGCGCAGUCUACACGGAAUACUCCAAUAAAGCUAACAACGCCACUACCAAAUGGGCGCAAAUUAUUUUCGAUCUGAUGCCUGAACGAGGGGACGAGAAUGAAGUCAAUAAUGCAAUUACGGUGGUCAACGACAAGGUUUUUCCCACGGAAUCGUUCUCAGAUUCGUUCUUCCCCACACUGGACGAGGACGACGCAAAAACACAACUUUGA